AUGUCCGCGUAUGAGCCUGAAUGCGAGCACAGGUACGACUACGAACCGCUCUCAUCCACAGGCACCGGCACCAGCGGUGGCGGUAACGACAACGACGCCUUCAGGCUGCUCCUCCUCGAGCCCUCCGCCGCCCGCGCAGACCAACUCAGGGGAUCCCUACGCAACACCACCCUCGCCGAGUGCGACUACGACCUGAUCGACCCGUACACAGCCCUGUCGUACGUAUGGGGCACCUCAGAACGGGCAUGUCGGAUCCGACUCGUCGAUGGCGGCGGCCGUGAGCACCUCUUUGCAAUCACAGCCUCGCUCGACGACGCCCUGCGCGACUUGCGCGACCCCACGCGCGUGAGGAGGGUCUGGGCGGACGCCCUAUGCAUUGAUCAGGAUAACGUCGACGAGCGCAACGCCCAGGUGAGAUUGAUGGGGCAAAUCUACUCGACUGCCCACAGCACCGUCAUCCACCUCGGCCACCUCACGCCCGACGUUACUGAAGUGUUUUCGGUACCCCGUGAUUUCGCCCCCGAGCCCGGCACGGAUAACGGUGAAAGUACCGCCGUCGCCGCGAUAGGAGAAGGGGGGCCUUGGAGCUUGCUGUCCAAGACAUGGUUUGAGCGCGUCUGGGUCUUUCAGGAGCUUGUCCUAUCGAGAGAUCCCUGGGUCCAAUGCGGCAGCAGACGAAUACGAUGGCGCGAGUUCUGCGCCUUCUUCCUCGGCGCCGCAGGCAAAGGCUCAUCACCAAGGGCGCAGAACGACGAAGAGAGGCGGCGCGUCUUGGCGGACAUGAACGCGAGCUGGGCCAGCCAGUCGAGGCUCCCUCUUCACCGCGCCAUCAAGGCGCGCAGAGGCCUGGGCGCCACGAACCCGGCCGACUUUGUCUACGCCACGUUUGGCAUCAUCAGUGAUCUCGGGACUGUUGAGCAGUACCUACAGAUCGACUACAACAUGUCGGUCGGUCGUACCUUUGGCAAAGUUGCCCAGUACAUGUUUUACGAGCUUGGUAUUGAGCAGAUGGUAUUUCACGUAGACGAUGCUCCCGCUUCGAAACGAGUAGACGGCCUUCCAUCCUGGGCACCCGAUUGGAAUCUCGAAGCUUCGUACACCAAGAAGAAUCCGCUCUGCAUGAUCCAGGACAACAGUUUGGAUCACAUCAGAGUGAAGAAGGAGGUCCAUCAUGCCUUUACCCAGUCUUCAAAUAGUGAUCUGCCGCUCGUUAUGGGGCACAUUGGCAUGAAGGUUGACAAAAUCAAGCACGUCAGCUGCGUGAUGCCUUCUGGCCUGCAGACUUCGUACCUAACUACAGACUACGACACCGCGAGAUCGGAGUUGAUGGGUAUGUAUAGAAAUGCCUACGCCUCGGGUGACAGGUUCGGUCAAUAUCGACACGUUCCGCUCAAGGGCAAGGAAGCGGAGCAUGAGCGUCUUUGCCGGGUCGUCGGUACUACCUGGGCCGGAGCAGUCGAGAAUUCCCACAGGCAGUCAUCCGUUUUCGGUGACCAGACGGGAAAAGGAGACACCGGCUUUCUCGAAGCUCUCGAAAGUUGGCUGACCUCUGAAGCGAGCAAGAAGCGCGAGUUCGUGGGCUCAGGCACAAACGGCGUCAUCAAGCGCCUCUACGGCUACUUUGCCCGGACAGGUGGCGACUCCGACCUUGAAGGCAGGCGAUUAGCCUCUACGGAAGGGGGCAGGAUGAGUAUCGUGCCGGCGCAAGCUUCGGCGGGGGACGUGAUUGCGUAUCUUGUAGGCAGUAACACACCCGUCGUGCUUCGCUCAAGGGAUGCUGGGGUUCACGGACCAGAGAUUGAACAUGUGUUGCUGGAGUCUCUGAGACAGCCUGGAUGCGGCGUUGUCACGAUGACGAACGAGCAGAAGGAGGAGGAGUUGUGGAGGGUUCCUAGGCAAGGUGAGUUCGCGGCCGAGCACUUUUCGGUCAUCGGGGAGGCGUAUCUUGAUGGGCAUGUGGGCUGGGCUUUGAAGUAUCUGCCUAAAGAGUCUGAUAUGCGGAUCUUUGCACUGCACUGA